GCAGAAACUUUCAUGCUCAGAGCACUAGAGAGAAAGGAUUUGGUUAUAAGGGUUCCUGCUUUCACAGAAUUAUUCCAGGGUUUAUGUGUCAGGCUGGUGACUUCACAAACCAUAAUGGCACUGGCAGCAAGUCACUCUAUGGGGAGAAAUUUGAUCAUGAGAACUUCAUCCUGAAGCAUACAGGUCCUGGCAUCUUGUCCAUGGCAAAUGUUGGACUCAACACAAAUAGCUCUCAGUUUUUCAUCUGCACUGCCAAGACUGAGUGGUUGGAUGGCAAGCAUGUAGUCUUUGGCAAGGUGAAAGAAGGCAUGAGUAUCAUGGAGGCCAUGGAGCGCUUUGGGUCCAGGAAUGGCAAGACCAGCAAGAAGAUCACCAUUGCUGACUGUGGACAACUCUAAUAAAUUUGACUUGUGUUUUAUCUUAACCACCAGACCAUUCCUUCUGUAGCUCAGGAGAGCACCUUUC